GGAAGUACAAUUCAUUUGCAACUCGAAUUAGACCUGAAACUUGUGGCAUGAGAAGCUGUAAUCACUCUGCACACUUUGUCUUGCAGGUGCCAACAGCCUACUCUGACAACGUUUAGGGAGUUCCAACUGGCACAAAGUGCACUGAAGAGCAUGUACGAGCCCAUGGUCACCAUUUCUACUGUAUCUGAAUCUUUUGAUUGGAUUAAGUCUGAAGAUUACAACUCAGAUGAAUUACACACAUCCAAGACAGAUGAAAAGCAUCAUUCAGAUGAGUUGUAUCAUUGUGACAUUUGUGAUGAGAAAAUCAGAGGGAACAAAUAUGCUAUGGAGAUUCACAUGAAAGGUCAUGAACAAAAUAAGGCAGAGGAACCAAACGUGUAUGAUUCAGACAGUUUAGACUUAGGGUUUGAAGCAUCACAUUAUGAGUCUCCUGAUGAUCAUAGCAGUGGUAGUUGUGGCAGGAAGAAAGAGGCAAGGACUAGAUUGAAGAAGCUUAAGGUUGUUAAAUUAACAAAGAGAACUGGCAGCAAAUCCACAAAGAAGGAUUUUCCUUGUGAUAUAUGUGGCAGAAUAUUCAAUAGGACAUAUCAUUUGAACAGACAUAAAAGAACACACAGACCUCAGAGUGAUGUGCCACCAAAAGAUGAACCAAUCUUUCAGUGUGAAUUGUGUGGGAAGAACUUUAGUUGCAAAAGCACUUUGAAGUCUCACCAAGUUGUACAUACAGGCGAGAAACCAUUUACCUGUCACAUUUGUAGUAAGAGCUUCUCUCAGGCAGGAUUAUAUUAUCACCUGAAGCACGUUCAUGCAGGCAUAAAAAACCACAGCUGUGAUAUAUGUGGUCGUAGCUUUGCAGCUAAACUUGCUAUGGAAGAUCAUCGCCGUAUCCACACAGGAGAACGUCCUUAUGUGUGUAGUACUUGUGGAAAAUCAUUUAUGACAAAGGCUACAUUGUAUAAACAUAAUAAAAUUCACACAGAUGUGUUUCCUUUCGCAUGUUCGUACUGUGGUAAAUUGUUUAGGAAUCAGCAUGAGAUGGUGAAACACUUAGUGACACACACAGGUGAAAAACCGCAUAUUUGUGAUAUUUGUGGACGUGGUUUUAGGGCAAGAAAUGAAAUGACUAGACACAAGAUGUUGCAUUCAGAUGAUAAGCCAUUUGUUUGUUCUGCUUGUGGUUUGGGAUUCAAGCAGGAACGAUACCUGAAAAGACACAUGAAAGCUCACCAUCCUGGUGACCAGUAAGACUUAUUUUUGUCUGAUGUUUUCUCAGUGGCAAGUAUGAAAAUGACUGGUAGAAGUUGCUGCCUCCAUCAUCAGGCUGAUGAAUGAUGAUGGAGGCAGCAAAUGGCUCUUCACCAUUGGUCAAGUUGUACCAAACUACACAGUGCAACAACCCAGAAGACAGUCAUCUUCAAGACUUAGUUUAUUUGGCAGUCCCAUGUUUUUGUGUGUAUGAUUUACUGUUAAUUCUGUUUCUUCAGUAAAUAUAAUGAAUGAAAUGGGUUUUUGAACAUCCUA